CCAACCAGAAUUGAACCACAACGCGCGUUAGCCAACGGUUUCAUGUGCGAGGACGUCCGCGUAUCUGAUAUGCGCAUGCGCAUCCAGGGCGACUGACUCUAGUGGUGGGCAGGGCGCAGCCUAGGGACGGACGACCGGUUGUGAUUGCCCGUUGAGAAGGCCUAGUAGAAAUGGCUGGUCGCAGGACUCCUCAGUACCUGGCUGUGCAGGAGAAUCUUGUUAUGCUACAGAGAACUCUGAGGGGAACUGACGAGGCAGAAGAUAGUUUGCUGGCCAUUUUCAAAAGUCGUGGAUGGCUUGACCAACUAGCCAAAACAAAAGCCGAUGGGCUGAUUAGAAAAGCCCUGAGCAAAAUAGAAAACAAGGUAGAGAAUUACGAGUUGUUCAUAGAGAUGCUGCAGGAAGUUUCAGGUAUUGAUAAAGCUGUGGAAGAGAUCACAAAACGGUGCCCAACAAGGCCUCAAAAAGACCUAGGUAUCUACCUAUCACUAACUUUAUGUGAUUGUUUUACAUGCCAAGACCGAUACAUUAUACGUUGCGUCUCUAACGCAACAAAGGUGCAUGCACGGCCUUUAUACUAUGCAAGAUUAACCGCCUGCUUCUUCCAUAUGGGAGAUGUUCAUAUUAUGUAAUCUUGUUACCCAGGAACAACAGGCAAUAGGAAACCUGAAGGUAAUUUAUAUCUCUAUCUAGUUAUCUGACCACCGAGGUUUAUUAAUCUUUCGUUGCGACAGACUUUGCAGGAUUCCCAGAGCCAAAGCUGGUUAAUCUGAUCAAUAUAGUUGGUGUUAGAGUAAAGGUGAAGUGGAAAAGCAUGGGACUUGGGCUUGGUUUCAAGGGUUGGGAACUAAAUGGGAUUUACACCACAAAGUGUAGAGAACUGGACCCUCCUCAAGAGUGCAUGACAGAGGUUUUUAGCCAGUGGCUGUCUGGUUUGAAAAGUGAAUACUCGUGGAAGAAACUGGCAGAAAUUCUUGUACUGCCAGCAGUUAAUGAAACUGAACUUCUGGGUCAUAUGUACAAAGAACUUACUAGUAAAAAGUAGAACUCUCAUUAUUAUACUUGGGACAUAAUGCAGAGACGGUUGUAUUUGAGUGAGCUAUCAUGUC